AAAUGGAGUAGCAACAACUUCUGGCCUGGUGAUCAUAAGGACCAGACGCAGCUUUUAACUUCCGCCAUAACUUUAUUAUGCUCAACCAAGGGGCAGACAAUUUAGGAUAGCAGCAGCAAUAUCAGUCUCUCGUGGGUUUUUUUUGGCUGAAGGACAUUAUGGAUGAAACUUCUGGUUCUUAAAUUGGUCUUCAGCUGAAUUAGUCAUGUUUGCAGGAGAGCACUUUAGUGCAACUGCAGCGGCAGCUGAUCUGCAUCCUUUGAGGCGCAGUAGCAGCUAUGAAUUGCUGCCACCUAACCUGUCUGAGCUGAGAGCUGUUCUGCUGGGGAACAGCUGGUCUGAGAGGAGUUCAGUGGGGAACUUCAUACUGGGAAAGGCUGUGUUCAGCACUGAGAAAGAAUCAGACCGCUGUCUGACAGUCAGAGGACCGUUGAAAGAGAAAGAAAUAGUUCUCAUCAACACUCCAGAUCUGCUGCAUCCCAACAUCUCUGAAGACAAACUGACAGAACAUGUAGAAAACUGUGUGAGACUCUGUGAUCCUGGACCUCAUGUGUUCCUGCUGGUCCUCCAGCCUGAAGACUUCACUGAGGAACACAAACUGAGACUCUGCCGAGUUCUUGAAAAGUUCAGUGAGCGAUCAUAUGAUCAUUCACUGGUUCUGAUAUCAACACCCAGAGAGGAGCGUUUGAACACUGAACCGCCUCUGUUAAAAGACAUGAUCAUGAAAUGUAGAUACAGAUACUUGAGGCAGAAGAACCUUCAAGUUUCAGAGCUGUUGACACGUUUGGGUCAAACUGCAAAGGAGAACAAUGGAGAGCAUGUGAGCUGUGAUGUAUUCCAGGACACAACAUCUACUUUAACAGAUGAUCCAGCAAAUACAAAAAUGAAACCAGCUCUAAACGUGGUUGUGUGUGGGAGGAGAGGAGCAGGGAAGACCUCAGCAGCCAAGGCCAUUUUAGGUCAGACAGAGCUUCAUUCAGUCUCCAGCUCAGAGUGUGUUAAACAUCAGGGAGAGGUGUGUGGACGUUGGGUUUCCCUGGUGGAGCUGCCUGCAUUGAAUGGAAAACCUCAGGAGGAAGUGAUGGAGGAAUCAAUCAGGUGUAUCUCCCUCUGUGAUCCUGAGGGCGUCCAUGCCUUCAUCCUGGUCCUUCCUGUGGGUCCCCUCACUGAUGAAGACAAGGGAGAGUUGGAGACCAUCCAGAACACUUUCAGCUCUCGAGUCAAUGACUUCACCAUGAUUCUGUUCACUGUGGAGUCAGAUCCUACAGCUCCAGAUGUUGUUAACUUUGUAAAGGAAAACAAGGACAUCCAGGAGCUCCGUCAGAGCUGUGGAGGAAGACAGUUUGUCCUCAACAUCAGGGACCAGCAGCAGAUCCCAGAGCUGUUGGAUGCUGUAGAAAAGAUGAGAGUUGAAGGAUCCAGAUGCUUCACAAUGAAGAUGUUCACCAAGGCUCAAGUGGAGAAGGUUACAAGACUUAGAGCCGAACUGCAGGAUGUGAAACAGAGUGUGAUGGGAGGUGACGAUCAACAUCAGAGCAGCGAGCCUCUCAGGAUAGUGCUGAUUGGACGGACUGGCAAUGGUAAGAGUGCAACCGGAAACACCAUUUUGGGAAAACAACACUUCACAUCUGAUGUCAGCAUCAGUUCAGUCACCAAGUUUUGCGAGAAAACAACCGGAGAGAUUGAUGGGCGGCCUGUAGCUGUGGUUGACACUCCUGGCUUGUUCGACACGUCCAAUGAUGACGUUCAACAGGAGCUGGUGAAAUGCAUCAGCAUGUUGUCUCCUGGACCUCAUGUGUUCCUACUGGUGCUGCGGAUCGGUCGUUUCACACAAGAAGAAAAAUACUCUGUGGAACUGAUCAAGAAAUGCUUCGGCAAGAAUUCAGGAGAUUUCAUCAUUAUUAUAUUCACCAGAGGAGAUGAACUGGAGGAUCAGUCAUUUGAGAGUUACAUAGAAAGAGACCGUGAAGGCUUUUUGACAAAACUGAUACAUGAAUGUAAAGGAAGAUAUCAGGUCUUCAAUAAUAAGAAUAAGAAAGACCACACACAAGUCAAGGAACUGAUGAAGAUGUCCUACAAGAUGCUGAAGGAAAAUGGCGACAGCUUCUACACCUCAGAAAUGUUUCAAGAGGCUGAGGAAGCCAUACAGAAGGAGGUGGACAGGAUCCUGAAGGAGAAAGAAGAAGAAAUGCAGAAACAGAAGGACGAGCUGCAAAGGAAACAUGAGGAGGAAAUGGAAGCAGUGAAGAAAAGAAUGGAACAACAAAGGUCAGAAAUUGAACAAGAAAGAGCCAGACAACUUAAAGAAAUGGAGAAUAACAUCAACAAGGAGCGUGAGGAGAGAAAGAAAGAACAGGAAAAGAGAAAAGAAGAAAAAAGAGACAAGCAAGGCCAGGAAGAACUUCAACAGCAAGAGUGGGAGAAAAAACUUGCAGCUCUGGAGAAAAAAAUAAAGUCAGAAUCAAAGGAGAAGGAAACCAUUGAUAGAGAGUUGGAGCAGAGCAAAGAAGAGCUUAGAAAGCAACGAGAGGACUGGGAAAAGAAACAAAAAGAAUGGUGGGACAAACGAAAUCAAGAAGAUGAUCAGAAACGACAGGAGGAGAAAACAAGAAUAACAAAGCUACAAGUAGAAUACGAGCAGGAAAGAGACAAACAUGAAAAGAAAAGAAAAGAAGAAGAUCGAAUCAGAAGAGAACAGGAGGAGAAGGAGAGAAAAGAUCUGGAGGAAAACUAUAAGAAGAAACUGGAGGAGAUGAAGAAGAAAUAUGAAGAGGAGGCCAGAAAACAAGCUGAAGAGUUCAAUGAGUUCAGAAGGAAAUACACCAAGGACUUUUCAGCGUUGGUCGACAAGCACAUGGAAGAAAUCCAGGAAUUGAAGCAAAAGCAUGUGAGACAAAUUCAGGAGAAAGAAGGGUGGCAUGACAAAGAGUAUAAUCUGUUAAAAGACCUGUCAAGUCACAAAGAAAAAGCACUGAAAGAAGAAACAGAGGAGUUAAAGAAAAAGCAUGAACGAGAAAUAAAAGAACUGGAACAGAAAUACAAAGACAAAUGUGUCAUCCUCUGAUCUCCCCAUCCCGGCUUGAUUAUUAUGAUGCUACUUUUUAUUUAAACACAAUCUGGACGGGACUGUUAAACAGUGUCUUCAUUUAAACUGACUGACACCUUCACAUUAUUUGCUGGACCAUGGAAGGGAGUGUGAGACUGUAAACCACAAAACACUCACUGACUGAUGUUGGGAUCUUGCCACAUUUGAACUUUGGUUCAUUUGUGAAUUGGAACUGAUGUGAAUGAAUUCACCUCUCAAAAUGACAUCUAGGUCUUCAUUUUGGUUUUCUGGCAAGGCAACGUGCCUCUCUCCUGCCAUGAUGCCUGGCGUUUAUGACCCCUCCAGAUGUGUGAACACCUCAUUGGUCAGGAGAUCUCUGACACCACAUGGGUCUACUGUAAAGAGUAAAACACACCCACCUCUCUCUCUUUCUCCUCUACUUGCCAAGACGACAACACUGGCCCUCAAGAGUCACUGCAACAUCCAGAGAAGACUGCCUCAACAACCAAGAGUGAGCUCUGACACCCUUACACUGUAAAUAAUCUUAGAUUAGACUGAUUAGAUCUCUUCACUCUAUAGAUUGUGUGUUUUGUUUGGUUUACUUUAAUUACUUAGAAUAAAUACCUUUUUGGAAUAUACAUGCCUCAUUUAAUGUUGUACACUAUGAACGACAUAGUAUUUCAUAAUUCUAUGAAAAUAAUUCAAAAUUCCUUCAACCAAUACUAAAUAUGAAUAUGGUAAUUUGAUUAUAAUUAUUAAGUUCAUUAUUAAUCAGUGUUCCAAAUUAAUAGUUAGAUAACUUUAUGAGACUGAUUUCGGUGAAUUAGCUUUUUUUCACCUCUGUUUUACAGAGUGCUGCCCCAUAUGAAGGUGUAUCAUUUACUAUAAUUAAUCAUUAUUUCUGAUAAGUAUUAAUAGUUAUGAUAGCCAUCUAACCACACUUUUGAAACCCUAACACUUAUUUUGGGACAUCCUAAAAUCCCUACACUGAUAUACAUUGUUGAAUACCACAUGAACAUUCAAGUGUUCAACGAGGCCACGCAAAAACGUAUCUAACGUGAUAAAAUAGAUUAAAAAAAAUAAAAAAAUAAAAUCAGUGUGCCGGUCCUCACGACGCUCAUGGUCACUUUCUCACCAUAUUCAUAGACAUGAGAAAUAUCAAAAUAAGGAAAAACUUGUACUUUAUCCAUGAUACAAGAUAAAUUCAAUAGUUAAUUGGUUUAACAAGUGUUGAACGGUUCACUUGAAAUAAUGAGCCGUUUGAACAAAGUUUUCCAAAAACAACCCUAAGUUUAACAUUUUAUUAGUAUUUGUUUUAUAACCACAACCAAUCACAUUGUUUUGUUUCCAUACAGUCUGUGGUGUCUGGGAAACUACAAACAUUAUUUUUAUUGUUUGCAAGAGUGUCUAAAUGGUGCAGACACAUUUUUUAGCAACGGUUUCAGUGUAACUUCAGGAGAUACAUUUAGUCAUUAAAUCCAGUUACUGUAAAUGUUCUUAUGUUUCCAACAAGUUCAUUUGCUUUCUGUUCACUGCUGUUGAAUAAUCCACAUACUGUCAAAAUGUCAGUAUUCAGCCAGUUACUGCCACUAGUUAAUGGUACCUACAUUGGAUCUGUCCUGUUUUAUGUGUUUUAUAUAGAAAUCUUAAAAGAUUCUGAGUGCAUUCAUAAUGUUAUUAUUGAGCCACAAGAGGGUGUCCUACAAUCAAGCUUGUUCUUAAAGUGUUGUGAUUCCUGUUCAAAUAGCUACAGCCUGACUACAGUUUGUGAUCAUAACUUAUCAUUCAUAUUCAUCUUACAUCAUUUGUAUAAUUCUUUUAGUAUCAUUAUUUAUCAAAUUGGUCUGAAUUCAAGAUAAAAAUGUUAAUUGUAGCGACCAUGUUAUUACACAGCACAUUUUCUCAACAAAACUGUUUACUUGCAAUGUAGAAUGCA